UUAAUUCUGGGGGUACUCUCCGUACACCCGCAAACGUAUAUAUAGUCGAUGGACCGAGCUCAAUAAUCAUCAUUCAGCCGAGCAACAUCCAACUAUCAACACUCAAAAUGAUGAAAAUCACAACAGCUCUCGUUGUAUUGGCGGUCGUAGCCCUCGUCAGGGCCGACGUGCCCAAAGGUGAUAAGAAGAUCACCAAGAGAAGCGGAUUUGGAUACGGCCUGUCCGGUCUGGGCUACGGUUCGGGUCUCAGUUACGGUUCCGGUCUGGGCUACGGCUCCGGUCUGGGCUACAGCUCCGGCCUGAAAUACGGUUCCGGUCUUGGCUACAGCUCCGGUUUGGGAUACAGCUCCGGUCUGAGCAGCUACGGCUCUGGUCUGAGCAGCUAUGGCUCCGGUCUGAGCAGCUACGGCUCCGGUCUGGGAUAUAGCUCCGGUUUGAAAUACGGUUCCGGUCUCGGUUACAGCUCGGGUUACAGCUCCGGUCUAAGCUCCGGUUUGGGAUACAGCUCCGGUUUGGGAUACAGCUCCGGUUUGGGAUACUCCAGCGCCCCAGCUCCGACUACCGGUCCCCUCAUUCCUAUCUCCAAGGAAGUGCACAUCGUCAACCGUCAUGCCCAACCAGUGUCCGCCCCGUACCCAGUACCAGUCCAACACGACGUACCCGUCGCUGUACCACACCCAGUGCCAUACGCAGUUGACAGCCCAUACCCAGUCAACGUACCUGCCCCAUACCCAGUGAAGGUCGAAAGACCAGUGCCAUACGCAGUUGACAGGCCAGUUCCUCAUCCAGUGGCAUCACCAUACCCAGUCCCGGUUGUCCGUGACGUUCCCGUGCCCGUGUCCAAACCGUACGCAGUUCCAGUAGUCAAACAAAUCCCCGUACCAGUGGCCAGCCCAGUCGUCGUACACGAAUCAGCCCCUUUGAUCACAUCCAGCUACAGCUCUGGACUUGCAACAUCUGAUAUCGGUUUCGGUCACGGUUCCACCUAUGGUUCUGGUUUCGGUUACGGUUCCGGUUACGGUUCCGGUUACGGACUAUCAUCAUACGGAUCCGAAGGCCACUACGGUGGAUCCCUGGGAUACAGCACUGGAGAUCUGUCUUCAUACAGUCACGGUCACAGUUUCGACUACAAGAAGUAGAACACUCAUAGCAACUUCACUCCACCCCCGCCCAACAUCAUCAAAUCUAAAUAGAUUUUUCUUCUAUAUUAUGUAUACAUGUAUUUUUAUAGACAAUAUUUCUUAUUGUUGAUAACUUUUGGUUAUCAACUAAAAUAAAUACUUUUGUUUUUUUUCCAUA